AUGAGUAUUACUCUAGGAGCAUUUCCUACUAAAAAAGAAAUGAAUUUAAAUGCCAUAAAAAGGAUAUACUCUGAGCUAGUAUAUGACUAUGCCCAGACUUAUUCUGAUUGUACAAUAUUUACUUUUGAUAAUACAACAAAACAAUGGAAGAAACUUCAAAUUAGUGGCGCUUUAUUCAUUUUAUGCUUAGAAGGAAAUACUAAUCCUGUCAUUUUAAUUUUAAAUCGAUGCAGCUAUAUCGAUCCAGAAGAUUUCACACUAGAACUCCCUCCAACAACUCAAAUAUCAUGUAAAAACAACCAAGUUUACAUUAAAAUCGAUCAAAAUCAUCAUUAUUGCAUUUCAACUGUAACAGAAGAAAAUUCCAAAGAUUUUGUUGAUAAUAUUCACGCUUUUUGGAUGAAAAACAAAAAUACAGAAUAUAUGAGAGAUCCUACAUUUAGACAUAUUCUAAAACAAUCUAUUCCUAGAAAAUUAUGA